AUGGAUAACUCCGAUCUUAGAAUAUUUGAAAGAUGGAACACUACUGGAAGAAAAAGCUUAGGCCCGGAAGCUAAAGGUGAAAGCAUUGCAGCCAAUGGGCAGGUAGAAAGAGCCAACCGCAGCAUUGUGGAGGGCAUAAAAAAGCGCCUGGGGAAAGAGGGCGUCUCAUGGUUGGAUGAAUUACCGCACGUCCUGUGGGCUCACCGGACGAUGCCUAAGACAAGCACUAGAGAAACUCCUUUUAGCUUGACGUAUGGUACGGAAGCAGUCAUUCCUGCCGAAGUAGCGAUACCCACUCCUCGCAUGCAACAAAGCCAAGAAGAAAACGAACAAGAACUCCGCCUGAACCUCGACCUGGUCGAAGAAAGAAGAGAACUUGCGGCCAUCCGAGAAGCUAAGUAUAAAAAAGAACUGGAAAAACAUUACAACUCAAAAGUAAAGGAGGUUCGGUUCAGGAUCGGAGAUUACGCUAUGCGAAGCAACGAGGCAAGCUUGGCUGAGGGCACCAGAAAAAUGGCUCCAAAGUGGGAGGGUCCUUAUCAAAUUAAUACUACAGGAAAGGACGGUGCUUACACACUCAAAAAGAUGGACGGAACCCUCGUCCCUCGUACUUGGAAUGGAGCACACCUCAAGAGAUGUUUCCUUUGA